CUCCCUCCCUCUCCCUCUCCCUCUCUCUCUCUCUCGCUCUCUCUCCCUCCUCACCGUCUCUCCCUUAAUCCCAUUUGCCAUUGUACAUGCCCAAUCGCCUAUACUUUCCGCAUUUAACUUGGAUGACAUUUUUAUUUCAUCAUUAGCAUCAGACGCCAGACUGACUGACACGACGGACACACUUUGCGUUUUGACGAAAGAACCCGGAAUGAGACAUCUCCAUGUUUACGCAUGUUUGGGUUUUGUUUUUUUUGUUUUUCCACACCCCUUCAAACAUUUUACUUUAUUAUUUUUCCUGUAGCCAAGAAGGACGUGUGUUCUGACGCGCUCUCCGGGUGUGAAAUCCAGUGUCCUCGCAGCCAGGAUAUCGACGGUGUGUAAGUCAGCGUCGCUUCUCGCCGUUUUUUUCCUUUCUUCUUUUUCUUUUUUCUUUUUUUUUGGUGUGUGUGUGUGUGUGUGUGAAAGAGAGAGAUCCCCGUUGUUUUUUUUUGUCGUGGCGCUCUGCGUUCACACCGCAGCCACAGCGAUGCCAGAGACAACGCAAGAGACGUGCGCUCCGGCCAAGGACUCUCCUUUCUUCAUUAAGAACCUGCUGAACUGUGAUAGCAAACCGUCCAAACCCAAGCCGGUGCUGGCUGCCACCAAGGCCGCCUUGGAGGGAGGAUUUUCCCUCUCCCAGGUCGGGGACUUCAACUUUCCGCGCUUCGACCUGCCCACACAGAGGUUCAGUCUGCCGGCUCACUACCUGGAGCGCACCUCGGCGUGGUGGUACCCCUACGCCCUCAGCUCGUCCGCCCACCUGCACAGAACCGAAGUCACCGAGAAACCAGAAGCCAGAGACUCCUCUCCCACCUCGGGCACAGACAGAGACUCUCCGGACCUGGUGCUCAAAUCCGAGCCGGGGGCCAAAGACGACGAGGAGGACGAUGAGCACAACAACAAGAGCGGCGACGAGAUCAUCCUGGAGGAGAGCGACGCGGAGGAAGCCAAAAAAGACGAGCUGGACGAGUGGAAGAAGCGGGACGACGACAAGAAGCCGUGCCGCAAGAAGAAGACGCGCACGGUGUUCUCCCGCAGCCAGGUGUUCCAGCUGGAGUCCACCUUCGACAUGAAGCGCUACCUGAGCAGCUCGGAGCGGGCCGGCCUGGCCGCGUCCCUCCACCUGACGGAGACCCAGGUGAAGAUCUGGUUCCAGAACAGGAGGAACAAGUGGAAAAGGCAGCUGGCGGCGGAGCUGGAGGCCGCCAACCUGAGCCACGCCGCGGCGCAGAGGAUAGUCCGGGUGCCCAUCCUCUACCACGAGAACUCGGCCUCGGAGGGCGGAGGCGCCGGUGCCAACGUGCCGGCGAGCCAGCCGCUGCUCACCUUCCCGCACCCGGGCGUCUACUACUCCCACCCCAUCGUCACGUCCGUGCCGCUGCUCAGACCGGUCUGAGAAAACACAGCCGGAGCGCAAGUGUGCGUGUGUUUGUUUUAUUUUCAAAAAAAAAAAAAAUUUAAAAAAUCAGCUCAUCAGAAAAGAAAAGAAAAGAAAAAAAAGACUGAAUAUUUUUGUACAACUGACUGAAUGAAGAAACAAAGAAAACAGAGAGAAAAGAGACACACUGUCAGGCCGACAUGGACCUAUUUAUUGUGUCAUUUUCCACUCAUGUUUUAUAUUGUUAUUAUUAAUUAUUAUGAUCAUUAUUAUUAUUAUUAUAUGUAAUGAUCACCUCAGGAGUCCGCCUGCUUACACUGCCUGAUGAGUGUCUUUCAUUUCUUUCCUUACGACACCAUGACAGUUUGCUGGACAGUGUGAGGAGAAAAAAAAACACAAAGAAACUACCUUGUUUACAACAAAUGAUGGCAGGCCUGGUUAUCAUUAAAACUCCACUUAUGUGAUUUUUUUUUUAAAUUUACAUUUCCAGAAGCGAUCACACGAUAAUGUGCAAUACACUGACGGUGUACAACAUGUUGUCAUCUAUUCACGGUGGAACAUGGAUGAGGCUUUGUUGUAAUUGACUUUUUUUGUUAUUAUUAUUUGUUUUUGUUUUGUUUUGUGUUGUUUUUGACGGGGGACAAUCAAGACACUCUCACCUGUAAAAUAACUCAUGUAUGUUUUAGUUUUUAGUGACUCUCCGCAUCUCGUUGCUCUCCACAUUGACGCGUCCUUCAAGCACAAGUGUGAGCUCCAAACGUCUCUGAAUCGACUUUUUGUGUUUUUUUUUCUGAAAAUAUCGACAAACUGGUGUAUGAAAAAACAAACAAACAAAAAAACCCAAACAAGAAAAAAAAACAACGUUAUGUAAAUGUAUAUAUUUAAUGAGACGCGGGGAGAGGAGCUGCCACCUGCGGCUCCUCGUUUGUACAGUGAAAAAAAAACACGUUUUGAUAUUGUAUUGCUGGAACCAUGUUGUGAAAUAAAUGGAGACUAUUCCUUACA